GGUUUAUCCGUGGCAUCGGGUCUGCCCCGCCCGCCUUUUUUCGCCGAGGGUGAAAGUAAACAGAAUUUCCUUAAUGAAUACUUUGAAAAUAUGGGAGACACCACUCAAACUGUUGACUUUUGUGAUAAAAUAGGAAACAAUCUCUCCGAAUUAGGCAAAUGGCAAGUCUGGCAGAAUAUAAUAUUAGGGCAGUUUCUUUCGUUAAUCUUGUGCGCGAUCAACACGUUGGCCCAUUAUAUUAAUUCAGGGUCCAGCGAUGUUCUGCCAACGGGUCAGAGUUUUCCGCAUUACAUGUUUUUAUGUGCAAUUUAUACCAGUUGGUUGGCGUUCCGAAGAGGCGAUAGGGGAUUAAUUUCAAUAAUCAGAGGAAGAGGCUGGAGGUAUCUGCUUCUAUGCAUUAUUGAUGUCGAAGCCAAUACGUUGAUGAGCACAGCGCACCAAUUUACCACUCUUACAAGUAUACAGUUGUUAGGAUGUGUAGCUAUUCCAGUGGCAUUAGCUUUAAGCUGUUUGAUACUGGGUGUUCGAUAUCGAAUGGUACAUAUAAUUGCUGUUUCUGUUUGCCUUAUUGGUGUAGGAUGUCUCGUAUGGGUCAAUAUUGAAGAUAACAAAAUUGACGGAAAAAAUCAGCUUGUUGGCGAUAUGCUGUGUCUUGGGGGCGCCGUGCUUUUUGCCAUAGUAACUGUCCUCCAAGAAUUAUCAGUAAAAAAUACUGAUAUUAUUGAAUACCUAGGUCUUUUGGGACUAUUUGGUAGCAUAGUCAGUGGCGUUCAAAUGUUAUUAUUAGAAAAACAAACGCUCAUCUCCUCUACGUGGAAAAACUCAAGUGCACUAUUAUCGUCAUUCUCGGCGUGCCAAUUUAUAUUUUGUACAUUUUCUAGUUUAUUCUUAUUAAAUAUGGGCACAACUGCUUUACAUUUAUCCCUAUUGUCGGGAAACUUUUAUACAUUAAUAAUAGGAAUAUUGUUAUUUAAUUACAAGUUUCAUGCGUUAUAUUUUUUAUCGUAUACACUUUCGAUGACUGGUGUCUACAUAUAUUCAAUAAAACAAACGUCUACUAGAAUUGGAAAUGUACUGGUUAACCAAGUAAGAACCCAGCAUCACUCUCAUCAGCAUCAACAUCAACUUAAUAACAGAACCAGCGAAUGUCAAUUACAAGAACACAUUAUUGUAGAUAGCCCAGAUCGAAUGAACGAAAUACUGUCGACUUUCGGAACACUGAACAGCAACGACACGUUCCCGUUAAGUCAUAGCACCAAUACAACUUUCACAUCAUUUUAUGGUAGUCACGAUAUCUUAAACAGCCAAACAACUUCAGCAUAAUAGCGUAAUGAUCAUCAAUCCUAGUUAAUAUUAUUAUCAUACCUAGUUUAAUAAUAUAAAACAUAAAACUAUACACAACAAAUUCAAAAUUUUUGUUUUAUUUUUGAAAUUUAAAAUAUUCGUAUUUUUUACGUUUAUAUUGUACUAAUAAGGUCAUUAAUUGUAAUAAUGACCUUAUUAUUAUUUUGUCCGUUACAAAAAAAAAUAAAAAAGUAAUAUAUUUUUUUCAAUAUUCAGAAUAUUAUCAUACAUAUUAUUUUCAAUAUUUAUUACUAUAUGUAUAAGUUUUCUCAGAACUAAAAAAUAGUCAUUGUUACAAUUUUCUCGUGUAUAUUAUUUUUAAUAAAUUCUCCUCUAAGUUAUAAUUUAACAUUACCAAAGACCAAUUUUUUAUCAACAAAAAAUGUUUCGAAUUAAAAAAAGUAAAAAAACUGAUAUAUUAUCUAAAACUCUUAGCAUUAAUCAUAAGUGUACAAUAUCUUUUUAAUAUGAACAUGUUUAAUGCGUGGUUUUAAGUUAUUACAAAUCUUUUAUGCACGAUAUGUUUUAUAGUCUUGAAUAAUAUUAUUAUUGUCAGUUUUGCAGAAAAGAAAACUAAAACUUUGUGCUAACUUUUAGUUAUAAAGUUAUUUGGAACAUCCAUAACACCGUGUCUGCAUACCAAGAUAAAAACAAUGAAUAUAACAUUCAGACAUUGCUUAAAAAUAAUUUUCAUACUUAAGUCUUAAAAUAAUUUUCUUACUUCACCUACACUAUAUUAAAGAAUUUCAAAUUUUAAAAUCUAUUUUUCGGUCAACUUUCGUUUAGCUGAAAUUAGUUAUUAGAAA